CGUAUUCUUUUUCCACUAAACUAACGGAAUGGGUUGGGUGUUUUAUACGAAAGUGUGACUAACGAGAACACACGAAGCGCAUGAAGGUUUUCAUCACAUAUUGGAAUAUAAAUUGCUUACAAUACAUAUACCAUCCAAGAUAACGGUUUUUUAUACAAGACAAUUUUGGAAAACCUAUCUUCAAAGAAUGGAUUGCUUUCGCUUACUGUGGUCAGUUGCAAUUGGUUUACUAUUGGUUUCACGGAGACCGGUGGUGUAUGCGGCCCCAUCAUGUACAUGGGUCAUGCCCAUGUUGGCACCAUGCUUGGGUUACAUAAACGGUCAAGAGCCAUCAAGUCUUUGUUGCUCCGCAGUCGAGAGCAUCAAAGCGAUGGAGAAAACCAAGUCCGAUCGCAUGGCUAUUUGCAAUUGUGUGAAACAAGCGACGAGAUUGAUCAGUUACAAUCCAAAACGACUCCCUCUUCUACCUAAGAAAUGUGGUGUUGAUCUAAAAUUUCCUCCCAUCGGUCAUGACUACGAUUGCAAAAAGAUCGAUGAAUUAGGUACGGAGGUGGUGCAGCAAGAUGGAUUAUAGGAACAACAAGCAUCAAUUCAUGUACUUAUGAAAUUAUGGCUUUAUGUGAAUAAAUAUUUGUGUAUCCUGCAAUAAUACAAAUUAUUGUUUUAUAGCUACUUCGUUUAGAAAUAAAAUGCAGA